AUGAAUCCCGCACGAGUCUUAGCCAGGUCACGCGCCGGUCGCUCCCUGAGCCCCUCGGUGUCCCAACGAUGCAUCUCUUCCUCAGCCUCCCGAUUCAACGAAAGAGUCCAUCCCAAUGCUGAAGAACAUCGCAAAUAUCAGAAAGAGAAGCCCAAUAACCCUCAUAUCACAAACACGAGCUCGACCUUCCACAAUGAUAUGCCCUCGAUAGGGAAGGAUAAACCUCCUCCAGACCUGCUCAGCUCAGUCGACCCCCACUACGUGCCCAAAGACCGAGCACCUGAAAACACAGAAAGAAUGACUGGAGGGACACAAGCGGGAGAUACCGACCAAGUAAGGCCGCCAUCAGAGUUUGGCGUUGGUGAAAUGGAGGGAAUUACAUUCAGAGUUGAGCCCGUACGCCGCACGGGUGAAGAUCUCACGACGAUGCGAGCGAGAUUAUUAUACCAAAGCAGGAAACGGGGGAUAUUAGAGUCGGACCUCCUUCUCUCCACGUUCGCGGCAGCCAAUCUGUCGUCCAUGAACCGGUCUCAACUCGAGCAGUACGAUCUUUUCCUGGACGAGAAUGAUUGGGAUAUCUACUACUGGGCUACCCAAUCACCAGCCAAUUCACCAUCGUCACUCGCGUCUGGGGAGGGUGAUUCAACAAGCACGCCCAAGGCACACACCUCUUCUGCAAAUCCGGGACAAACUCAACAGACUGAUGCAUGGCGACAAGGAGCUCCACGAAGUGGUGAGUGGGCUCAGACGGUUGGGACUUUCAAACCGGCAUACAGACCGGUUCCGCAACGAUGGAAGGAGAGUGAAAUUCUGUGCAUGCUACGAAAACAUGUGAGAGAACGGAGCGCUGGUGGCGUUCUCGACGAUGUGCAAGCUGCCCCAAAGAGCAAAGGCAGUGGUCUGGGGAGAAUGCCUGACGUUCAAACCUUCGAUUGA